ACAGAUACUUACAGCUAGUGCGCCGGCUGCAGAUGACAUACAAGAUGGAGCCAGCAGGCAGUCACGGUGCGUGGGGACUGGAUGAUUUUCAGUUCCUGCCGUACUACUUCGGGGCUGCUCAGCUACUCGGUUCAUCGGACUGUGAUUCAAUGGGCAAUUUGACUAUCACACCUGUGUACAUCCCAGAGCCGCGCAAGUGCGCACAACUUAAAGACGACUAUCUGUUCUUUGCCGCCGUCAAUUACAUAUUCGAGACCAAAACCGGGAUGUUUGCUGAGCAUUCGCCGGUGCUAUGGGGCGUGAGUGCCGUGGCUGCGUGGCCGAAGGUGCACAGCGGGAUGAUGAAGAUGUUCAUGGCCGAAGUGCUGUACAAAUAUCCUGUGAUCCAACACUUCAAAUUCGGAUCGAUAUUUCCGUUCGAGAAACCAGAGCCGCCGACGAUUCAUAGAUAAUACAGUACGUAGAAUAAUAUACAGAUGAAAUAAAACAUAUAACAUAUAUGAUACAAUAA